UCGGGAGAGUGGCGCACGGCCCGACCAACGCGACGGCGUCCGACCGAGCCCGGGAGGGCGGCGUCAGAUGGAGGCAGAGCUCUCCAGCCGCCGUCGCUCGAUACACUCCCGUCCAGCCCUGGGGCUGACGUCACGUGAGCCGGACCGCCAGCCGACUACAGCGGCACCGCACUGGCUGGCUGGCGUGCCGGCGCAGCAAGCCAUGCCGGCGGCAGGGGAUCAACCCCAGAUCACGUACGUGCGACUGCAGCAAGACCGGCUUGAGGAGGUCGUCGACUUCAUGGUCGACCAUUUCUUCACCCGAGAGCCGACGUUCUCGGUGCUGGCCGGACUGGCCGGCGGUGCUCCGGGUGGUCACCGCGGCUGGCUUCGAGCCUCCAUACCCGAGUGGACCUGGGAGCGCCAGCUGGGUGGCGUGGACGGCAGUUUCAACGUGUUCAGGGACUUGGGCGCGUCAGCCGGUCGGAGAACCUGA